CUUCCUGUGGAGGUCUGCCACAUUGUCUGCAGCCGCUUUAAAAACAUCCGUUAUCGUUAAGUUAUUUUCCGUAUUUAUUGUAGUUUUCACGCUUCGUAAAACGUUUUUAUACAGAACAUCUACGGUCGUAGCCAAAAACCGCGUAUAAAGACGUAUUAAUAUGCUCACGGUUAUAAACAGUCUAUGAAUAGAAACAGUUUGGCAGUGGGCUGGACCAUGAACCGAGCGAGGCAGCUCCGGGAAUAGACGAGCUUUGCCGCAGUCGAAGAGUCCAUCAUCACACCUCCUCCUCCUCCUCCGGAGCUGUCGAAGACUCUCAGUUCCUUGACUGAAUCCGGGAGUGUUGGAGUAGACAUGGCGCCAGGCCUGUCCACUAUUGUUGCGUUGGCUUUGUAUGUGGUCCUGUCCCCUUGUGUUUCCGCAGGGGACAACUGCCUGGCCUACACGGGCCAAAGCCUCCAGAAAUGUUUUUCGGGAUAUUGCUGUGGGGACUGCUAUUACAGAUAUUGUUGUUCAUCUUAUUCCAGUCGUUUUAAAGAAGAUGACCAAAAAAAGUGUCCCAAUACUGUUGAUAGCUCCAACAGUGCUAAAUAUGAAUAUCAUAGUUUCAAUACGGUACCCUUGGUGUCUGGUAUUGUGGGCUUCAUCAUUAUUCUACUCAUCUUCAUCUGCUGCUGCGUCUGCCCCUGCUGUUGCCUGUACAACAUGUGCCGCAAACCACGCCCUGUGAUAGCGACCACUACCCACACCACAGUGGUCACCACCACUCCUCAGCGUUACCCGCAGCAACCAACUGCAGUACCUGGACAAUCUCAGUCCUACCAGGGAAUGCCCUACCAGCCAGUACCAGUGCAGCCCGGCUAUCCAGCUCAGUCCGGUUAUCCAGCUCAGUCUGGUUAUCCAGCUCAGUCCGGCUAUCCAGCUCAGUCCGGUUAUCCAGCUCAGUCCGGUUAUCCAGCUCAGCCCGGCUAUCCAGCUCAGUCCACAUCACCCUACCAUGGACAACCAUUCACACCAGGACCACCACCAUCCUAUCAGGAAGCAAAUCUGGUGACUUUAAGGCUGUUUGAGUACAACGACUUCACUGUCAUGUUCAAGAAGUCUGAGAUGACCUUUGUGGCCGAGCACAUUAUCCUGCUGGAAGCAGCAAAAAGAUGGCGGAAUCAGGAAGAGUCGUCCCUGUUAGUCGAGCUCAUUUCCUUACACGACAUCAUGUCUCUUAUAGUUUCGAGUGUCUUACCUUGUCUCGUGUAUCUUUUGUGUGUGUUUUUGAUCCCAGCGGAAUCAGACGACUUGUGCCAUAGCUAUGUGGACAUGUUCGGUGUCUCACAUGAUGCUGAAAAAUGUAGCAAGUACUGCUGUGGCACAUGCAAUCUAAGAUACUGCUGCAAGGAUAAGCCCAAGCAGCUAAAUCAGAAAUCCUGUUCUGGAAGUUCUGAAAGUACAAGCCAAAUCGGUCUGAUUGUAGGAAUCGUCGUCGGGAGUUUAAUUCUUCUGCUGUGUGUGGUUCUCAUAAUCUGCUGUUUGGCUCCUUGCUGCCUUUGCUACAUGAAAUGUCAAAAAAGGCCGACUCAAAGACAAAUAAUUGUGAUAAAUUCCAACACACCUCAGCAGCCGCCACACCCAGGCUACCAGGCUGUGCCUUCAGGCCCGCCCAUGCCCACAGCUCCACCACCCUCCUACCAAGAAAGUACCAAUCCUACUCACUCAGUGCUGUUCACCGGGGAGCCAAUGUACCCUCUGCAACCUCCAAGCCAGGCUACUGCACCGCCACCAUAUUCAGAGGACCCUCAGCCAGCACCGUACAACCCUUCUCAUAAUCCAAGGCCUUAAAUGUAUACAGCUUACCAGACUGCUGCUACGCCACACUACAACUUUUAAAGACCCAGGGAUGAAUGUAUAAACAAUGCUGUGUAUGCCUAUCCAAAACAAUAUUGUAAACCAUGUUAAGUAUGAUAAGGUAGAUUCUUGUUUAAAAUAUGUUUUUUAGGUAUUUGUAGUUGCUACAAAUUGCAGCCAUGCCUAUUGUGUGUACUGACAGCUGCUUUGUGUUGUUCCUGUAUGGCCUUCGCCUGGGUCCUUUCCUCGGAACUUACAGAGCUUCCAUUACCUUUGAUCUUCAGUAAAUUUUGUGUGUGUGUGUGUCUCUGUGUGUCUUUGUGUGUGUGUUGUUCCAGUGCUGAGGUCGUCAAAUGUGUGAUAGUGUUAUUUUCUGGAUUAAAAUUGACACUAAGGUAAUCACUUCUAAGUUGGGUGGAACCCCAUGUUUAAAUCUGUCCUUAGCUUUCAUCCAAAUAAAUACACAAAAAAAGAUUGAACUAAGAACCAAAAGUAUGUAAUUUAAAGAUGUUUAUGAAAUGAAUGUGUAUACCUUUGUAUGCUUUUGUAUUUAGUUUUCUU